GCCCCCAAACUUUUCCACACAACACACACACUCGCAUAGACACAACAAUGCACCUUCACCUUUCCACCCCAUAAAGCCUCCCUUGGCACCUCUAUCCCACUAAGGAGUAAAAAGAGGAGAGAAAGGAGGCAGGCAAAGCCAAGGCAAGUGCUUGCUAAGUAGCUAGUGUGAGGAGGUUAGCUAGGCUGGGCAGGGCAGCCCUUAAAAGAAGCAGCUCCCUAACACUUAUGGCACUGGUCAAGAGCCACCACCAAAUGUUGGCCUCUUCCUCCAACUCCUCGUCCUCCCCCUCGGCAUCCCACAAGCGGCAGCCGCCGGCACCUCCGCCUCCUCCGUCCUCGUCCACCUCCUGCCUCGCCGACCAGCCGUCCCCCGCCAAGCGCAAGAGGCGCCCGCCCGGCACACCGGACCCUGAUGCGGAGGUGGUGGCGCUGUCGCCGCGGACGCUGCUGGAGUCGGACCGGUACGUGUGCGAGAUCUGCGGGCAGGGGUUCCAGCGGGAGCAGAACCUGCAGAUGCACCGGCGGCGGCACAAGGUGCCGUGGCGGUUGGUGAAGCGGGCGCCGCCGGGAUCAUCAGGGGAGGACGGUGGUUCUACUGGCGGCGGCGGGGCCGCCGGGGCGCGGAAGCGGGUGUUCGUGUGCCCGGAGCCGAGCUGCCUCCACCACGACCCGGCGCACGCGCUGGGCGACCUGGUGGGCAUCAAGAAGCACUUCCGGCGCAAGCACGGCGGGCGGCGGCAGUGGGUGUGCGCCCGCUGCGCCAAGGGCUACGCCGUGCAGUCCGACUACAAGGCGCACCUCAAGACCUGCGGCACUCGCGGCCACUCCUGCGACUGCGGCCGCGUCUUCUCACGGGUGGAAAGCUUCAUCGAGCACCAGGACGCGUGCAACUCCGGCCGGAUCCGCGGCGAGGUGCUGUCCGUGCCGUCGACGCUCCCGGUCAUCCGUCACGCCGUACCACCGCAUCCGCCUGCUGUGGCGACGGCAGCGCCGCCGCCGGAGCUCCAGCUCCUCCCGGUCUCUACGGCAGCGCCGUUGACCACCGCGGCCGGUCUGUCCACCACCACCUCCACCGCAUCCCAUGAACGCCACGCGACGACGAAGCUGCAGCUCUCCAUCGGCCCCGCCAUCGCGUCCUCCAACGGCGUCGUCGCCUCCAACACAGCGGUGGAGGAGGGGGACGAGCUGAGGCGCGCGAUGGAGGAGAAGGCUGCGGCCGACGCGGCGCGGCAGCGGGCGCGCGACGAGGCCGCGGCGGCGGAGCGCGCGCUGGAGGAGGCGCGCCGCGCACGGCAUCGGGCCCGGGCCGACCUCGAGAAGGCGUGCGCGCUGCGGGACCACGCCGCGCGGCUCCUCGCGCAUAUCACCUGCCACGCGUGCCGGCAGCGCUCGCUCGCCGUGUCCAUGGCCGUCGCGGCGGGCGGCGAGGGCCACGGCGGGCCGGCCGUGGCCUGCGACUCCAUGAGGGGAGGAGGCGUAGGAGCAGGCAUCUAGUGUGCAUGCGUGCACUGCACGACUUGAGUCUGUGCACGUAGUUUCGUAGGCCAUUUCGAUCAGUGAUGCCGUGUCUGGCGAUUAAGAUAGCAAUGCUCUGUACUGCAUGCAGUGACGCGCCCCUUAGCUUUCAGGGUGCUACUUGUUACUUUGGCUCUGGUAAUUAAAGCUAUGGGAUGCCAUGUCAAUCCCAUAAGUUAAUA